CUGUCAGUUGAUUUUCACAUGCUGAGAAAUUAACAACUAUAUAGGUUGAGGUGAUAUACUUUAAAUUAAACAUAGUACCUACUUAUACUCAAGCGAAGCGGUGAGAUAAAUUGAAGAACUUAUUCACUAAGUAGGAAUAUAGUAGAAACCAAGUGGUGGUAGUGGUGAAUUAUACAAUAUAAUAAAAUAACUCCAAUCAGCCGCCCCCCCUGGUUGAGCACGUUGUUUUUCAUUCAACAAAGCAGCUACAUAACAAUAUUUAAGAAGUUUUCGGUGGAAGUGCACUAAAUACCGAAUUAUGUUAUGUAAAGUGGCUUACGAAUAGUAAAGGCAUACGAAAGUGUUUGUGAUAUAAAGAUUCUGAAAUGUUUUGAAGUUGUGAUGAAAUUAUAGUGAAUUUUUUUCCUCUCGACGUCGAAGUUAGAAAACACAAUAAAAAGGUAAAUAAUACCAAAAUAGAGAGAAUAACUUAUACAAAUAAGUGCAAUUUAAUAAAUACACAUUUUUAUUAAAUAACAAAGGGCAGUGCUAUUACUGUAUCGUACACUGAGGCCAGCGGCAGUGGCAGAGUUAAGGACAAGUGCGAUCGUUGGGACGAGACAAGGGCAAAGAAAUUUACAUUCGCGCAUACAUACAUACAAUUAAAAGAAUUAAAUUGCGCGACGCGGUUACGAGCGCAAUUUUCUGAAAGCGAUUGUCAAAGCGUCAUUGCCGCAUUUAAAUUGGAAAAUUUUGCCAACAAUCACGCGCUUCUAUCGCCUCCCUGUAGCCGGUCGACACAAAAGUGCAAGUGAAAAUUUUCCACGGCCCCAUAUUUUUUGCAGUGCGAGCAUCCGUAAAAUGUUGACCGUGUCCAAAGGCCCCAGCAAGAUUGUCGCCAAAACACGCCGAGGUGUACCGCAAAAUUAUGAGAAGCUGUUUGAAAUCAAGGAGAGCGGUCGCAGAUCAUCUGAUCUAAAUAGUCCGGAGAAGAAAAAUGCCCCACGUCCUGUCUUCAAAAAAUCUGCUUCCAAUGGACGACAAAUAGAAGAAGUUUCAUUAACACCGCAACAUGAGGAAAUUGUACAAUACAUCAAUGACUCUUGGAAUGUCAUUGUGGCGCAUAAUCCCUACGAUUCAGCGUUUGAUGGCAAUGGGCAUGCUCAGCCGGCGGACUCCAACAACAACUCUGCCGGCUCAUCCAUCGCAUCCACCUCAACAUCAUCCGCUGCCUCAUCGGUGUGUACUUCACCACAACCGACCGCAUCGAUUUACUGCAUCGAACCGCCCAGCCCAGUGUUGAGCGAUUUCAAGCCAUUCGACUUAGUGACCUGGUGGUAUGAUCGCCUCUGUGAUGUAAAGAGCACGUGAAGUGUGACCAACUAAAAAGUAUGUGCGUGUGUGUGUGUGCGCGGGCGUGCGUGUGUGUGUAUGCAAGUAUGUGGCCAAAUAUUGUGAGACCAAGCACGUGCAACGAAGAGCAAUUGCGAUAAACAAAAACGAACAAAAUACAAAAAAAAAAAUUAAGAAAUAUUUACUACUACCAAAAAGUGACCAAACUAAAAAUUGUAACGCAUUCACAUUAGGAAAAUUGUAAAAACAUUUAGCCUGUUAGUCGCCGAAAUGCAGCAGCAGUAAUUAACAUACAUACAUAUGUACAUACAAACGAAACAUGUGUAAAUACAUACAAUGGCAUACGCGACAGAAAAUAGCUAGUAUUUACAUAGUUAAGGUUUUAUGUUUAGCAUACAAAAAAUUAUGCCUCUUAAAUUAUAAAGUUAGUUGUUACAGUUCUAAAGUAAUAAAUUUUACAUAAAAAACUAUGUUAAUUUGUUAAUUUUCAAUUUCACGAAAGCAAAGAAAAUUGCAAUUAAGCAAUAACGAACAUUUUACGUGCUCACAAAUAUUGUAUAUAUAAAUGUAUACAUGCAUACAUUUAGAUAAAUAUUAAUGUACAUACAUAUAUGUAUGUAUGCAUAAAGCAGCUAACAAAAUUUCAUAGGUGUAACGAUUUCGUUUUAUGAGUUAUGACAGUAUCGAACUAAAUGAGCGAUAUUGUGCAUAUGAGAAUCAAAAACAACCUUAUCUAACAAAAUGUUACGAGUUUUCCCAAUUGCAUUGAGGAAAGUAAUACCAACCAAUUAACUUGGCUGUAAGAUAAAUUAUGUACAUAAAUACAUACAUAUGUACAUGUGUACAAAGUAGUAAAAUAAGUACCUAUCGCUUAUUUACUAAAAGACUGUUAUAACUCCAAAACGAAAUAUUUGAGCAAAUGAUGAAGAAUUACUUGUUACAUAAAGUACGAGAUUGUGUAGUUUCCGCGUAAGAAGGCAAUAAUCAUCUCGUGUUCCUUCAUUUUGUGGGCAAAUUGAAAAAUUGUUAUGCAUGUCUAUGCGAAAAUUUAAUUUUUUGAGUUAUGACUGUCUUUUAGUAAAUUAUGUGUAAAUGCUUCAUACAAAAAUCGUAAAAUCAAACUUCCAUUGACAGAUAUUUUCUAACGCCGGAUUUCCACUGGUCAUUAAAUGACAAAAACGUUUAAUGACAAAAACGUCAACAAGUCUGUUUCCACAUGCCACACAUUGAUUAAUGGUAGACAAUUUUUCGUCAUUCGUCAUUUCGUCGAUAAAGAGAAAACCCAUUUCUAAAUUAUGAUUUUAAGCAGACAAAAUAAAAAAUAAAACCUAAACAAUUAUACAACGCAUCAAAAUGCACAAUAACACCAUCUGCCUUAUUUGUAACAUAGUGUAAAAUUAUUUAAAUAGUUUUCCCACUCUAGAUUCAAUAGCCCGUAGUCAUAGAGAAGUUAGAAAAAGGUUUUAAUGAUUAAAAUUGUUUUUUAUGGUAAUCACCAUUUAACUCUUUCAUAAUCAACUUAAAAUGCAUUUUAUUUUAUUUUUGAUUUUUCCAUUUUUUAAUAUAACUAUUACUUUAUUUUAUUAGAUUUUAUUUUAUUUAUUUAUGGUAUUUCACACAAUUAUACAAAGUUAAUCAAAUUCUUUGGAGUUUAAUUUUAAUUAAAAAGUCAAAAUAACUAUAUUUACAAAAAAAAAAUUAAAUAAUAUUUUAACAAAAAAAAAAAAAAUAAUACGUAAAAAAAAUGUUUACUGACUGUAGAAUCGAACCCACGACUUCGCAGCGUGCUAAAUCAGCAAUCCUGCAGCGGACACAGGGUGAACUAAUAAAAGUACUCAUAUUUCUUUAUAGAUAUUGCCGAGUAAAUUUUUUCUCUGUUCUCUCUCAUCUUAACAAAAAGCUGUUUCUAAGAUGUCUAUGAUUGACACAAUUUUAAUUCGAUUCUAAACUCAAAACCUUAAUUUAACAAAAAAGAGUUUUAACUUACGCCUAUGACUUAUGGGCCAUGGAUUUUAACCAACUUGAAAUCAGUAGCAAAAAAUUUACGCCAAGGUGUAGAACAGUUUGGUAGACACUGUAGCCGCGCACAGUUUGAGUGUGAUGAAUAAAAUUUUGGCAGCCACUCUUUAUUUGUUGUUCUUCAGCACCGCUAGAGGGUCUAUUUGCUAUAAAAAAAUUAUAGUAAUUGACAGUUAUUAGGACGUAGACGCAAGGAUAUUUUGAGAAGCAGUGCUUUUUUCAUAAACAUUGAGUUAAGAGCAUGAAAAUAUGCUGAUUAUAUUUAACACACUUAGCAAUAAAUGCAGUGCAUUCUCGUUAAUCGCAACUAAACUUAUAAGCUGACAUCUAUGCCGCUGUUACUAUGCUUCCUAGUUUUAUUUAUCAAAUUUUGGGAUUUUUUUUUUGCUCUGAACACGUCCUUACUAUAACCAUCCACAGGAACAUUAAUGCCGAAUUUCUAUUAGGCAUUCAAAUAACAAAAAGUUUCUGGCAUUUACAAAAUUUUUUGUGCAAAGGGAUUAAUUAGUAAAAUUGCCUAAAAUAAAACGUAUAAUUGAA